AUGAAUCCUCCUACCUUCCUUGGUUAUAAGGUUGGAGAGGAUCCCCAAGCCUUCUUGGAUGAGCUGUAUAAGAUAGUUCAUGCUAUGGGAGUGACUUCUAGGGAGAAGGCGGAGUUCGAUUCAUACAAAUUGAAAGAGAUUUCUCAAGUAUGGAUGUCGCACGGCAAUGCUUUUGGUGACAUGACUCUACCUAGGCUUAUGGUGUAUGAUCAAUCUAUUGAAGAAUGUAUGCUUGGGAGGAGAGGUAGAGAUGCUAAGAGGGGUAGAUCUUUUGAGAAAAACAAACCUAGGUCUAAAAAGAUGGCUCAAAAUAAAAAUGCUCCUAGUUCCCCUAAGGUUAACUAUGAGAGGGGUGGUGGUUCCCAAGUUGAUAAACCUACUUGCUCAAAUUGUUUGAAGAAACACUUUUUAAAGUGUCUAGCCGAUAUUAGUGGGUUCUAUGGUUGGGGAAAGGAUGAUCAUAGGGUGAAGAUUUUCCUACUAUGGUGA